AUGAACAAAUCUCAGAAGCCUUACUCAACAGUCAAAUGCUUGGGACAGUCACAAAUAUUGAACCAACAACCGAGUGAUCCCAUGUAUGGAAAGGUCUACUUGAGAGGUAACUUUUACAACUUCACACCUGCUUUAAUCAAUGAAUACAUGGGUACUUCACCAAGGGAGGAAGAAGUAGAAGUUACUAGUGAACAAGUGGCUCAAGAAUUAACAGCUGGCAAUGGUCCACUGGUCAACUGGAUGCCAUCUCUCAAUGAAAACACUGCCAAAUGGAGUUUAGCAGAACUUCUCUAUAAAGUUGGAAAGGGAAUCAAAAUAAACUUUGGAGAAAUGGUGCUUAGUCAAAUCAUGAAUGUCGUUGAAAGCGGAAUGCCUAAAGCUUCACUAGUCUUUCCUAACCUGAUACACACUCUACUGGUUCAACAGAAGUUCAAACUCCAAAAGCCCAUGGUUCCAGUGAAGCCACUCUCCAUAUCAGUUAAACUGAGAAGGGGAACCCAUCAAAAUGACCUGAAAACGACCACCCCUAAGGAAAAUCCAACUGACAAGACAACACUCCUCAAGUACUUCCAGAAAAGACUUACAGAAAUUGAACAAGAAGAAAGUUGGAUCUCCAAAAGGCAUUUGGAACUCAAAGAAGAAAAAUCAGAGGUAAGGCAGUGGGUGAAAGCACUAACAAAGAACACAGUAAGAGCAAACAGUCAAGAAGGAAAUCAAGAUGAAGAAGAAGAAGAAAAGACUCCAGAAGAAAAUGUUGAAACUUCUGUUUCAACAUCCUCAGAAAAUUUUUGA